GGCCGGGAGUGCGGGCUCUUCACUAACGUUGCGAAUCGUCAAACGAAGAACUUCUUCACUAUCCUUGAAAGCGAAUUUUUACGAGCGAACAAAGAAAGAAAAGCAAAGAUGGCCAAAGCACCCGCAGUUGGUAUUGAUCUCGGCACCACCUAUUCCUGCGUUGGAGUAUUCCAGCAUGGAAAAGUGGAAAUCAUCGCCAAUGAUCAAGGAAACCGUACUACACCUAGCUACGUUGCAUUUACAGACACCGAACGGUUAAUCGGCGAUGCUGCCAAGAACCAAGUCGCCAUGAACCCCAACAACACCAUUUUCGAUGCCAAGCGCCUUAUUGGACGUCGGUUCGAAGACCCUACAGUUCAGGCUGAUAUGAAACAUUGGCCAUUCACCGUUAUAAACGAUGGUGGAAAACCCAAGAUCCAAGUACACUACAAAGGAGAGACGAAGACUUUCUUCCCUGAAGAAGUGAGUUCAAUGGUCCUGGUGAAGAUGAAGGAAACUGCUGAGGCAUACCUCGGGAAGACCGUCACUAAUGCUGUGAUCACUGUACCUGCUUACUUCAACGACUCGCAGCGUCAGGCAACCAAGGACGCUGGUACCAUCUCGGGCUUGAACGUUUUACGUAUCAUCAAUGAGCCCACCGCUGCUGCCAUUGCUUAUGGUUUAGAUAAGAAAACCACCAAUGAGCGCAACGUCCUAAUCUUUGAUCUUGGUGGUGGCACCUUCGAUGUGUCUAUUUUGACUAUUGAAGAUGGCAUUUUCGAGGUCAAGUCUACAGCAGGAGACACUCAUCUUGGCGGCGAAGACUUCGAUAACCGAAUGGUCAAUCAUUUCGUCCUGGAAUUCAAACGUAAAUACAAGAAGGACCUCGUCUCGAAUAAGCGUGCCCUUCGUCGUCUAAGAACGGCUUGUGAGCGUGCGAAACGCACGUUAUCUUCGUCCACUCAAGCUAGCAUCGAAAUCGAUUCGCUCUAUGAGGGAAUUGAUUUCUACACUUCGAUCACCAGGGCUCGUUUCGAAGAGCUCUGCGCUGAUCUAUUCAGAGGAACACUAGAGCCAGUGGAGAAAUCGCUGCGCGAUGCUAAAAUGGAUAAAGCUCAAAUUCACGAUAUCGUUUUGGUUGGUGGAUCAACACGUAUUCCUAAGAUUCAGAAACUCUUACAAGAUUUCUUCAACGGAAAGGAACUGAACAAAUCCAUUAACCCUGACGAGGCUGUGGCUUAUGGAGCUGCCGUACAAGCUGCAAUUCUGCACGGUGAUAAGUCUGAAGAAGUACAAGACCUGUUGCUUCUCGAUGUUACACCUUUGUCUCUUGGUAUCGAAACUGCUGGUGGUGUGAUGACCGCUCUCAUCAAGAGAAAUACAACCAUUCCAACAAAGCAAACGCAAACCUUCACCACGUACGCUGAUAACCAACCAGGUGUAUUGAUCCAAGUCUACGAAGGAGAGCGUGCAAUGACGAAAGACAACAAUCUGUUAGGUAAAUUUGAGCUCAGUGGUAUUCCACCAGCUCCCCGAGGAGUUCCUCAAAUCGAAGUCACCUUUGACAUCGACGCCAACGGUAUCCUGAACGUCUCGGCAGUGGACAAAUCUACUGGUAAAGAAAAUAAAAUCACCAUCACCAAUGACAAGGGCCGUCUCAGUAAAGAAGAUAUCGAAAGGAUGGUCAACGAAGCUGAGAAAUAUCGUAGUGAAGAUGAAAAGCAAAAGGAAACUAUCGCUGCUAAGAAUAGUCUCGAGUCUUACUGCUUCAACAUGAAGAGUACAGUGGAAGAUGAAAAGCUGAAGGAUAAGAUCAGCGCCAGUGACAAGCAGGUUGUACUUGACAAAUGCAACGACAUCAUCAAGUGGUUGGAUGCCAAUCAGCUGGCUGAUAAGGAAGAAUAUGAACACAAGCAGAAAGAGUUGGAGUCUAUCUGCAACCCUAUUGUCACGAAAUUGUAUCAAGGAACUGGCGGUAUGCCCGGUGGAAUGCCUAGUGGCUUCCCAGGUGCAGGUGGUGCUGCUCCAGGUGGCGGUGCUCCUGGUGGCGGCUCAUCAGGACCUACCAUUGAAGAAGUCGACUAAAGCGUUUAUACUCGCGUGCCUGCCCUUCUCCAUGAUCUCUGUCUCGUGGCAAGGAUCGAGGAUUGAACAUAGAAUUAUUACAGCUACGGUCGUUCGUUCCUCAGUAUAAUUUAACUUAUGUUUUUUAGAUUUCCUUUUUUAUGUUAAUAUGAAACUUAUCGGUUUAUUUAUUUUAUUUCCUUGUAAAAACUAGGAAAAUAAUCUGUAUUGUUAAAUUAUUUUCUACUCAACGAGAUAUGUGAGAAAUAUAACUUUUAAUUGUACUUAUGUGAUUCAGUUAAGGUACAAGAUCCGCUGUUGAUUUUCUAUGUUCGAGAACUUCGAAAAAAUAGAACAAACCCUUGGAGCAUAAAA